AUGUGUGGACCCAGCUUUAUUUUGCAUAAGAAAUCAAUUCUUAUUAAGCUAGCAAUUAUUCUGGCUAUGGCUUCUGUUGAAGCAACAUAUCAAUAUAGUGAAGAAACCAUUCGUAGUAUCCAUGGAUCAGACGAGAAAACUCUAAUUGUUCUGGCAGCACCGUCGGUUAACAACAAUUAUUAUCGAGCUAUAUUCAACCAAAUUAUCGAUUAUAUGGCUAAUUUUGCAUAUCUUGUUCAAGGUAAAGACGAAAUCGUCAUUCUAGCAGAUGCUGCAACGUUACCAUUUUUCAAUGGAAAAGUGAAUGAAAAUAUUCUUAUCGAAGCCGAUAUAGAAGAUAUCUGGAUCCGUGACUUUUCUCCUGUUAUUCCGUCCCAGCAGAUUAAAUUUCGAUACCUGCCAAAUUACCUUAGUAAAUCUGUCGCAAAUGCGAUAGAUAAAAGCUUUGAGAAAUGGCUCUCAAAAAAUAAUUUGAAUUACAAAGCGAAGUCAAGUAUCAUUCUUGACGGUGGCAAUGUCGUCGAUAAUCCUGAUGGUUCACGAGUCAUUAUCACCGAUCGAAUACUAAAGGAUAAUCCUCAAUUGACUAAAGCGGAGGCAAAAGAACAGUUAAAAGAUCUUAUGAAUCUUCGCGAGGUAGCCAUCAUUCCAGAGGCCCCCGAUGACACAACGGGACAUUCAGAUGGGAUGCUGAUGUGGGUCAGCAAUGAUAAGAUUCUUUUGCCACAAGCUUCUGAACCAGAAAGAACGCAGGUUAUUGACGAACUCAACCGAUCUUUUCCAGAUGUCGAUAUUGUCGAAAUACCUGAUUAUUACGAAUAUGCUAGUUGGAAAGGUUUUACAUCUGCUUGUAAUGUAUUUAUCAAUGCCGUCGUAACUGAUCACUACAUUUACAUGCCGACAUUUGAUGGACCUCAUGAUAAAUCAAUGUUCAAUUUAAUUCAAUCUCAUACGACUAAAACUGUCGUAGCUGUGCCAGCUGAGAAAGUUUGCUUCAUGGGUGGCAGCGUUCGUUGUCUUAGUUGGCAAGUCAAAGGAGAGUUGAAAAAUCAGAUUUUACAAUUAACCGGAAGUGACUAA